GGUCUUAUCCUAUACGCAAAGUUGGCUACAUGGGUCAUAAUGCCGUAGUAUCCUACUAUGUUAAACCUUGUGUAUUUCUUGAAUUGCAUUUGUUAUGUACUACAUGUGUAUCAAAUAGUAAGAUAUGCCUGGUUGACUAAUGUUAACUCUCUUUAUUCAAUUUUUUAAAGGUAUAUCAGAAUGGAGGUUUGCAAAUUGGUAAGCAUGUGUCUUUCUUACUCUUUCUUACUCUCUUUUUAGUUAUGCUUUUUGGAAUGCCUCAAGCCAUGGUUUUGUGGUUCCAGAAAACUAAACCAAACAUGUUAAAAUACUAUUUGAUUUAUGCUUAAAAUUACUUGUCAUAUCCAUUUAGUUUUCCUUUUGAGAGGCUAUGAAAUCAUAGAUGACAUCAAAGAAGAACUUGAAAGACAAUGCCUUGGAGUAGUUUCAUGUGCUGAUAUUCUUGCUUUAGCAGAUAGAGAUGCAGUUUUCUUUGCAGGGGGACCAGUUUAUGACAUACCAAAGGGAAGAAAAGAUGGAACAAGGUCCAAAAUUGAGGAUACCAUUAAUCUGCCAUCUCCCAACUUCAAUGCUUCUGAUCUCAUCAAGAUGUUUGCCCAACAUGGCUUUUCAGCACAAGAGAUGGUGGCUCUCUCUGGGGCUCACACAAUAGGAGUAGCUAGGUGUUCUUCUUUCAAGAACAGGCUAACAAAAGUGGAUCCAAAUUUGAACUCAGAAUUUGCAAAGACACUGUCCAGAACAUGCAGUGCUGGUGACAAUGCUGAGCAGCCCUUUGAUGAAACAAGGAAUGAUUUCGACAACUUGUACUUCAACGCUUUGGUCUCCGGCAAUGGGGUUCUCACAUCCGAUCAAACAUUGUUCACUAGUCCAAGAACUAGGAAUUUUGUCAACUCUUAUGCACAAAACCAAGCCUUAUUCUUCUUGGAUUUCCAACAAGCCAUGGUCAAAAUGAACUUGCUUGAUAUCAAAGAAGGUUCCAAGGGUCAAGUUAGAGAUAACUGCCGCAAAAUAAAUUGAAUUGGAGGAUCUAGCUAUGCCUUAUUUAAAACAAAUAUAUGAUCUAUGUAUUUAUAUAUCUAUGGUUUGAUAAAUAUUACAUUAGCACUAAUGAACAUAAUUGACAAUUAUUAACAGUUAAUAUAGAAUUCAA